GCAUCCCCCGAGCCCCACGACCCUGUGGGGCCCCGCAGGCGGGUGCCCAGCGUUGGGAAGGCUCUGCUGGCCGGGGGAGGACCCGGAUCCCUCGCCACGCCUCCCGCCACCCCGGACACGCCGCGGCUGCCGCGGGCUCCGCACGCCGAGCAUCCCCCGACCCGCACCGGGCACGCAGGGCACGGACACGCGCGGGCCAUGGCAGGAAAAGCCCACAGGCUGAGCACGGAGGAGAGGGAGCAGCUGCUGCCAAACCUGAGAGCUGUGGGGUGGAAUGAGGUGGAAGGCAGAGACGCCAUCUUCAAGGAGUUCCACUUCAAGGACUUCAACCGGGCCUUUGGCUUCAUGACCAGAGUGGCUCUACAGGCAGAAAAACUGGAUCACCACCCUGAAUGGUUCAACGUGUACAAUAAGGUUCACAUCACCCUGAGCACCCACGAGUGUGGAGGGCUGUCGGAGCGGGACAUCAACCUGGCCAGCUUCAUCGAGCAGGUUGCAGCUUCCCUCUCCUGACUGGAGAGACAGGAAGCCAAAAAGCCACUGUGCCACUGCCACCACCCGUGUCUAGACAGCUGCCCCCAGAGCCUUGUCCUGCUUCCAAGCUACAUCCUGGGAUGCAGACUGCCUGACACCUCACUCAUCCCCCCUGCCCCAGCUCACUUGGAUGGAGGCCCUGCUCAGGGUGCACAUACUGAGCUUGCAGAUUCUGCCCUUAAAACCUUCCUUAGCCACGUGCUCCCAGCCCAAGUGCUGAGCCUUUCACCAGGAAUCAGUCAUAUCACAGAAACACAGACCGGUUUGGGUUGGAAGGGACCUUAAAGAUCAUCUCAUUCCAACCCCUGCCAUUAGCAGGGACACCUUCCACUAGCCCAGGUUG